AUGAAGGGUUCUCGAGUUUUGGCGGCAGCGGCGGCGAGGGUUGGUCCGGCGAUGAGGAAGCAAGUGUUAACCUUGACGGAGGAAGCUGCCUCUAGGGUUAAUCAUCUCUUGCAGCAGAGGCAGAAACCUUUCCUCCGAUUGGGCGUAAAAGCAAGAGGAUGCAACGGCUUAUCAUACACGCUCAAUUACGCCGAUGAGAAAGGGAAAUUUGAUGAGCUUGUGGAGGAGAAAGGUGUGAGGAUACUUGUUGAACCAAAGGCCUUAAUGCAUGUGAUUGGAACAAAGAUGGAUUUUAUAGAUGAUAAACUCAGAUCCGAGUUUGUGUUCAUCAAUCCAAACUCACAAGGGCAAUGCGGGUGUGGUGAAUCGUUCAUGACAACAUCUACCUCCAGUGCUAAGCAGAGUGGUACUUAG